AUGGAUGAACAUUUGAUUGCAACUAUUAACAAGUUACAGGAUGCGUUAGCGCCUCUUGGUGGAGGAUCGUCUUCGCCUGUUGAUUUACCACAAAUCACCGUUGUCGGAUCACAAUCUUCUGGUAAAUCUUCUGUAUUGGAGAAUAUUGUAGGGCGAGAUUUCUUGCCCAGAGGAACUGGUAUCGUUACUAGAAGGCCUUUGGUUUUACAAUUGAUAAAUAGGAGAGCUACUCCAAAUAAAGAUAAAAAGGAUUUGGUUGAUAUCAACUCAACAGAAGAUGGUGGACAAACUGAGAAUAACGCCGACGAGUGGGGUGAGUUUUUACAUUUACCAGGUAAGAAGUUUUACAAUUUUGAAGAUAUUAGAAACGAGAUUGUCCGUGAGACUGAUGCCAAGACUGGGAAGAACUUGGGAAUUUCACCGGUUCCUAUCAAUUUGAGAAUCUACUCGCCACAUGUGUUGACCUUGACCUUGGUUGAUUUGCCGGGGUUGACAAAGGUGCCUGUUGGUGACCAGCCAAAGGAUAUUGAAAGGCAAAUUAGGGAGAUGAUUAUGAAGUUUAUCUCGAAGCCAAAUGCCAUCAUUUUGUCGGUGAAUGCCGCAAAUACCGAUUUGGCCAACUCAGACGGGUUGAAAUUGGCAAGAGAAGUUGAUCCAGAAGGGUCAAGAACUAUUGGUGUGUUGACCAAAGUUGAUCUUAUGGACCAAGGAACCGAUGUUAUUGAUAUAUUGGCUGGUAGAGUUAUUCCACUUAGAUUUGGUUAUGUUCCAGUUAUUAAUAGGGGUCAAAAGGAUAUCGAGAGCAAAAAGACAAUUAGAGAAGCAUUGAGAGAUGAAGCUGCGUUUUUCGAAAACCAUCCGUCUUAUAGAGCUAAAGCUCAGUUUUGUGGUACUCCUUAUUUGGCCAAGAAGUUGAACGGUAUCUUGUUGCAUCACAUCAAGAGUACAUUACCCGACAUUAAAAUGAGGAUCGAGCACUCUUUAAAGAAGUACCAGUCUGAGUUACAGUUAUUGGGACCAGAAAUGUCAGAAUCACCUGCAUCUAUUGCAUUGAAUAUGAUCACCAACUUCACCAAGGAUUAUACGGGAAUUUUAGAUGGGGAGGCAAAAGAGUUGAGUUCGGCUGAGUUAACUGGUGGUGCACGUAUUUCGUUUGUGUUUCACGAGAUUUUUAAAAACGGUAUCACGGCUUUGGACCCAUAUGAUCAAAUUAAGGAUGCCGAUAUAAGAACUAUUUUACACAAUACAUCGGGUUCGGCCCCAUCUUUGUUUGUGGGCACUGCAGCUUUUACAGUAUUGGUCAAACAGCAAAUUAAAAGAAUGGAAGAUCCAGCUAUAAGAUGCAUCAAUUUGAUUUUCGAUGAAUUGGUGCGUAUCUUGUCGCAAAUCAUUAGUCAACCGCAAUACUCGAGGUACCCAGCUUUGAAGGAGCAAUUGUCAAACCAUUUUAUUCAGUAUUUGAGAGAAGCUUUAAUCCCAACCAAUGGCUUUGUUUCUGAUAUAAUCAAGUCAGAAGAGACUUAUAUCAACACAGCUCAUCCCGAUUUGUUAACUGGUACUCAAGCAAUGGCAUACGUUGAAGAGAAAUUCCACCCUAAACCGCAAGUUGCUGUUGAUCCAAAGACCGGCAAACCAUUACCUCAGCAGCAACAACCACAACAACCUGCCGCCAAUGCCAACAUCCCCAAAACAGAUGAAAACAGUAAUGGAUUUUUCGGAGGAUUCUUUUCUUCCAAGAAUAAAAAGAGAUUACAACAAAUGGAAGCACCUCCUCCAGUGUUGAGAGCAACAGGUACCAUGACUGAAAGAGAAACCAUGGAAACUGAAGUGAUUAAAUUGUUGAUUUCAUCAUACUACAAUAUUGUCAAGAGAACUGUUGCCGAUAUUGUCCCCAAGGCAAUUGUGUUGAAGUUGAUAAAUCGAUCAAAAGAGGAUAUUCAAAAGGAAUUAUUGGAAAAGAUGUAUAAUAACCCUGAAUUGCCCGAUUUGGUGAAGGAGAAUGAGUUGACAGUACAAAAGAGAAAGGAGUGUAUUAGGAUGGUUGAAGUGUUGAGAAAUGCUAGUGAAAUUGUGUCUAGUGUGUAG